GCAUAGAGAUAUUUUGUCUUAGAUUAAACGAGUUUUCUUGGCAAAGACGUUAGGAUUAUUCCAAUAAAAUGUCCGGAUUUAGGAAUUUCUUGACUAAUGUGAGGAACAGCAUUGCAAAAAACAAACGCGCCCGCUUGGCGCCCAGGGAUGUUGAGUUGCAACCUUUGAACCAGCCCCUUGAGGAGAGAUACAGUUCACGUUGGAGUGUGUGCCAUUUCCACGAUUGCAUACUGGCUUUACCAGACAACCUAAUCUGGAACUCUUGCAUUUGCGCAUCUGUGCUCAUCGGCAUCAUCGUGGUGGCUCUGGACCUGGACGCUCACGAACUGCUGGACAUCUUCGACAGCACGUAUAAUAUAUUAUACGGUUUCCAUGUGGUAGCCCUGGCAUAUUGCUUCAUGUCAGAUCCUAUGGCGAGUUUGGACCUGUGGACAUCAUUGGGCUUCCUUAUCGACGUAUUAACGUUUACGCACUACAUCGUGGACACUAGCUACACGGCGAACCUCUACAAGCUCUUGUGUUACUAUUUACGGCUGCACAGAGCGUUUAGGUAUUUCUGGAUGUUAAACAACUAUACUCUGAAGGGAAGCGUGUUGGGCACAACCCUGAAGUAUUGCUACUUGUUCCUCGUGCUGCGAGUCACUUUCGUGCUGUGCUGGCUUUACAUAGAUGAGUUACAAACCCAACACACUGAAGUCUCCUCGGACGCGGCGUCUGAAGUGAAGCAGAAGCGUCCUGAGGAUUCGGCAGCCAUGAGAUCCCAGGAUCAGGUCCCCUAUGAUUUCCUCUACGCACUUUACAUCGUCAACAAGAUAUUUAUUCCAAUUGGACCUUCAAUGCCACCUACAAACGACUCCGAGCGCAUCGCAUUCCUCGUGGUGAUGAUAACCGGAUGCCUGGUGGUGACGGGCGCCGCGGUGGCGUCCCUGUCGCUGGUCAUCAGCGUCUACCUGCGGCCCGAGGAGACCUUCCGCACCAGAUACAGGCUCAUUAUGAAGAAGAUGGAAUCGUCGAACGUGCCUCCAAGCUUGCGUGCUAAAGUGGAGACGUUCUACAAGAUGUACUGGCACAAGCAGCGUGCUGUGUCCGCUACGCAGUUGCUCCCAAUCUUCCCGCAUUCACUCUCGUCCACCAUUUACACUGAUAUCUACUUCAAGGCCACGCAGAGGAGUCUAAUGCUACGAGAUCUCUCCUACGAAUUUCUAUCCGAGCUGGCUAAGAAGAUGGAAACAAUUCAUUAUAUUCCCGGAGAUGCCAUUAUAAAGCGGAAUGACAAGAAAUCUUCUAUUAUUUACAUCACGUCUGGUGAUAUUGAAAUGUUAACAGCAGAAGAUGACAGCACAGCAAUGCUGCGUAUGAUCCGUGGAACCGUUCUAUCUCCUUGUGGUGGAAGUCCUAUAGCAGGGUGUAGCAGAGCCUACGUGGAGAUCAGAGCCGCCACCUUCUGCACAGCUCAUGUAUUACGUUGUUCAGAUUUGUGGAAGACUGUCAAUAAGUACGGUAAAGAAAACGGACAGGGCGCUACUGUUUUGGGAUAUUUCUAUGAACAUUUUGAAAAAAUCAAGAGACAUUACUUCAGAAGACGCUUCCCUGAAGAGGCAAAGUAUAAGAGUAGUAUUCUGCAUUUCAAGCGGAAUUUAAUGAACAUCAAGGAGUCGAAGGACGCUGCAGGGAAUCAGCAGCUGGCUGAAACUGACGUCAUGAUAGAAAUAGCUGGUUGCUACAUUAUGCGGAACAGAGCAGACUCCUCGUUGACUGAUGAAGCGGACGCCAUCUGCCUGCGCCCCACGCUCCCCUGCAUCUUGCAGCCCAACUCCUCGCUGCAAGUUGUCUGGAAUACCUUUGUCACUUGCCUCAUCCUUACUGUUUGUAUCACUCAUCCGUAUUACUUGGUUUACAAGAAACACGUUCCAGUGGAGUUCAGAUUCUACGAUUACGUCGUAACAGUCAUUUAUAUCCUGGACCUGAUAGUGCAUCUGUCCACUGGCGCCAACGUGGAAGAUGGAGUGCCCAUAACGCUGGCUCAGACGUCAUCUCAACAAGCUCGCAGCAAAUGGUUCGUACUGGACGUGCUGGGCACGCUGCCCAUCUUUGAGUUCAUUCACGACGGACACUUCGCUGGCCUCAAUAAACUGUUGAGACUGCCAAAGGUGUUUCGUAUGCUUAAAAUGGUAGAAGACGAUUGCGUGUACUACAGCAACGUUCUGCGAUUCUUCUCUUAUUCUCUGCUUUUUCUGAUGUCUUGCUAUCUUUUGGCUGCAGUGCAACAGGGCUUCAUGUGUUUUCAAUUUGGCUACUGCCUUGUUUCAAAUUUUACUCAUUCGCCGUUUUGGGAGAAGGAGGGAUUAGACGAGGAGACUAUCGAGAGUAGAGUUACUUUUGGGCUGUAUUGGGCGCUAUCCAUGCUCACUUUUACAUCACACAUAGAAACGUGGGCCGCUAGAGACUGGAACUACGUCCUGUACACGAUAUUCGUUCUGGAGAUAUGCACUGUGUUGUACAUUUUCAUUCAGGCCGUCUACUCCGCAACCAUUAUGGUGACAACUGCUCUCAGAGAGGAUUUCGAUUCUUGCAUGGACAAUGUGACCAAGUUUCUGGUCAGAAACGACGUGGACCCAGUACUGAGGGACCGAUUCAAAGAAUAUUUGCAACUCUGCUGGUAUACUGACAAGGGCUAUUCGAUGACAAACAAACGCAGAUCGAUAUUCUAUGAUCUUCCACCUCACGUGUAUCAAGAUAUUGUUGCGAGAAAGAGAAGCAAAUUCAUACUGUGUGUGCCUUUUAUGAAGUUGCUUCAUAAAGAAGACUUAAAAAAUAUAUCGUCAAAGGCAAUACUGUUCUGUACGUCACCAAAUGAAAUUCUGUUGAAUACAGGCGACAUGUGCAACGAGAUUUACAUCAUCAAACGUGGAAUAUGUGAGAUUUUAAGUCCAGAGACAAGAGAUGUGGUCGAUGAAUUGAGUGUAAGGAGCCAUUUUGGAGUUCUCGAAUGUCUCUUGCGAAUACCGACAUAUUACACGGUGCGAGCCGUGACUCAUGUAGAGAUAUUUACUAUUUCGAGAAAACACCUGGUGAAUCUUAUCAAUAUUCCACAAAUCAAGGAGGCCCUUGACUACUGUAAAGAACAACCGCAAUACGCGCGUUUUCAAAUACGUCGGGAGCCAUUCGUUGCGUACCACCCCGUUAAGCCCGCGCCCAAUAUGGAGAAGUUCCACUAUCCACGGAAAUAUGAACAGGACAACGCUUUCUUACAGCCGUUUUAUAGGCUGGGCAUUUUUUCCGUGCUAAGAUACAUCUUCCCCCGUUUCACCAUACGGCCCGACGGUCAGUACUUGGUCCGCAUGGAGUGGUUCCGAGCAAGCUGUGCCUUUAUGUCCGCUAUGGUGUAUCCCGGGUACACUUACCUGGUGCUCCAGUGGCCUUUGCUAUACUUUUUCACGUGCCUUCUGGAUUUAACUGCGUACUUCGAUAUAUUACAGCGAAUGCUAGUGGGCUACUACGAUGAGCAAAGUAUCCUGGUGUACCAUCCUGCAAGCACGGCUGCGCAUUAUCUGAGAGGAGCCUUUUUAGUGGACCUGUUCGGUUGUUUGCCUUUAGAGAAACUUGAAUCAUCUUGGAAGGAGACAUAUCAUGGAGCAUAUCGAGAGGCUCCAACAAAACAAUUUUUAAUGCUAAAUCGUCUCAUACAACUGUACCGGAUGCCGAGCGCCCUACUUGGUCUGAACGGACUAGUGCGCCGGGACAUUUUGCUCGUUAUACGAGCUUGCCCGAUAUUCCUGGCCCUGCUGAACGUCCUUACCUGCUUCGUGGUGUAUUCUUCCGUACAAAUAUUCUUCACGACUAACGGUGAAAAUGGCUCAUGGUUCAUUGUGCCUACUGACGACAAGGGAGGCUCUUGGAUAAAACACUUCCACAAAGCUUAUCGUUUCAAUAUAACAGAAACCCCAUGGAACCUCCAUUUGGGGUCAUUGUUCUGGGUAGUGUAUGAAACCACCACGACUGGGUAUAACACCUUCAAGCCAACUAACUUCAACCUAAUGCGCGUGCUCAUUAUUGGGAUGAUUAUUGGAGCAAUCAUCACCACAUAUUUUUCGGUAAGAAUCAUCAGCACCCGAUCCAAUGUGAACCAAGUUCUUGCUUCAUUCCAAGAUAACUUGAAGGAUAUAUCAGUGUUCAUGAAGAGGGAAAACCUUGAUACACAAUUGCAAAAGCAAGUGAAUGAAUAUUACGAAUUUAACUGGGACAGAAUGGGUGGCAUAGAUUUCAGAAAUGUUUUUAAAAUGUGCUCACAGAUCACAUUGCGAACUGAUGCAAUCCUUCAUAUUUAUGGGCCUACUUUUACGAAGUGUCCAAUCCUCAAUCAGAGUGACGUAUCACUUCUGCGUAUAAUCGGUCGAGCAGUCGAAAGCUUCUACUUCCUCAAAGAUACUACAAUCAUAGAACAGGAUGAUGUUGUUGCGGAUAUCUAUUUCGUUGCCCGAGGCACUGUUGAAAUAAAGCAGAAUGAGGAUGAAGACGGCCGUGUUACACUCAUCAAGGGCAGCAUAUUUGGAAAUUUGGAGGAAUCAUCGACUAUCCGGAGUCCUAUGUCCAUAAAAACCACCAGUCAAGCACAUUUGCUGCAGAUAAAUUCACGGGAUUUCUUCAGUAUCAUCAGCGAAUUUCCCUCUGUGCUGAAGCUCUUGCAUUCUUAUCGGCCAUCUAAGGAGAAAUAUAUACAAGGCAUAGCGUCUUUUGUGCCACUGAGCAUCAAAGAGCGUUCCACUACAUCUCCAUUGUUAUUUCGCUCUAAAAGAGUCAUGAACUCCGUAAAUGUCAAGCAAUGGCUCAUCAGAAUCUACUUGAUCAUUAUAAGUCUAUCAGUCAUCUAUGCGGACGUCUUUAACGCCGGUUUUCAAGAUAAUAGACCUAUGUUCAUCAUGUACUUGUACUUCUUGGAUUUCUGCUUCCUGUGGAAAUUCUUCUUUCAGUACAAGACGCCACCCAUUGUUGGAUUUGACGAAGAUGUUUAUAAGACUUUGAUAAAGAAUCGAAAAAGUUACAUGAAAGGAGAAUUCAAAUAUGACCUAAUUUCUUGUUUACCCAUCGAAGUUCUUUGUUUCAUUGGUAAAAGUAAUCAAGGAAUGGCAUUCUCUUGGCUUCGAUUGAAUAGAAUGUUUAGAAUCGUGACGAUAUAUAAGUGCAUACAACAACAAACCAAGAGUAUCUCAAUCAAUCUGACUGUCACUACCAUUGUGACGGUCCUCAUCUGGUUUUCUCUCUUCGUGCACGUCUGCGCCUGCCUCUGGUACUUCAUCGCCAUUUGCGAGGAUGCAAGCCAGCCCAGGACUUCCUGGAUUUAUAACAAUGCUGGUCAACCUUGGUGUGAGAGCUGCUAUGUUUCGUCGAUGUAUUUUGUCCUGACCACAUUCACUCAGGAUGGAGUUGGAGAUAUUAUGCCAAAAAAGCAAGCUGAGGUAGCAUUCGUGUCAGUUCUUCAAUUAGUCUCUGUCAUGAUGUAUAUGAUAUACGUGGGGGAACUUUCCAAUAUCAUACAGUAUAAAUCCUUUCGUGCCUUCAAAUUCUACUCUAAACAUCUGGAAUUACAGGAAUUUCUGAAAAACAACCGCGUGUCAAAGAACUUAGUCGCAGUGGUGAACAAAUAUUCUCUGCACCUUUGGCGGAAUUCUCGAGGGUUGCAGCUCCCUCACUUCCUAGUCACAGCUCCUAACUGCCUCAAACUGAAGAUCAUGUCUGCAGCUUAUCAGCAUCACCUCACUAAUAAUAUCUUAUUCAAAGACUGCGAGCCUGCAUUUCUUCGUCAGCUAGUUGGAUUCAUGAAGCUUUACACCUAUACUGAACACAUGUUCGUGGUUAAGGAAAGGGAAAUUACUGACUCUAUGUACAUAAUACAUACAGGACGAGUAAGAGAAAUAUGUAAAAACUGUAAUAAAUCAAGGUCCUACCAUGGUGGAGAAAUUUUUGGACAAUUACAAGGCCUCUUACACGACUUACCGUACACGCAUUCUUAUGUAACCACCACAAAGUCACAAGUACUUACUCUAAACUUGAAGGAUUGGGCAGAUCUAUUGAAACAUUUUCCAAUAAGCAGAAAUGCUAUUUACAAACAUAUAGAAUCUUAUGGGGAUGAGGAUUUUUAUGGAGACGAUAAAAAAGGCCCUAAAGGCUAUCCGUUCAGGAGCGAUGAUCAGCCAUCCUCAAGUCCUACGACAGAACCGUCGCCUAGUCGUUCGUCUCCUAGUCCUUCAGUUCAGAUGGACAGUGUACGAAAAGAGAGGUCUGGGGUAUUUUUACCACCUCCAGGAACAAGUCAGACAUUCAUAAGAUCACAGUCAAUUGAUAAAUCAUACUUGUGGCCAACUCAUACAAGGCACUCGAAUAUCAAUUUGAAUAGUGCAAGUAUAACCAGUGAACCCUUACGAAAAAAUAAUAUUGAAACUUCAAAGGAUGAGAACGAAAUGACUCAAAAGUUAACUGAUACAAAAUAUACUCAAUCUAUAAUCUCUGCAAAAAGAAAAUUAUCAUCUGAAAGUGUGGCACCUAGUACAUCAAAAAAAGCAACGGUAACCGAAAAUGUUAGUGAACAUAUAAUAUCGGACGAAUCGUUCACAUUAGAGAAACAAGAUAAGAAACACGAAGAAGAACAACAAAGGCAGAAAUCACCAAGUGAAUUAAAAAGUGUUGAAGAUUAUAUUGAAGAGCAGAAGCGUAGAGGAGCUCAAAGUUGGCUAGAUAAUAAAAUCUCAUCUAAAAGUUCAACUCAACGAUUUAAGGGAAUCACACCCUCUAUAACUUUCAAAAAACGUAAGGCCCACGUGCGAUAUGACGAACCUAAACCUGUAACACCCCCAGUAGAAACCCAUGAAUUGAAACCAAUAAGGGAUUUGACUGCAGAAGAAAGAAAUCUUAGAUCACUUGACAGUGAUAUGCCACCGAGUCCAAAACCUGAAGAAAAGGUCACAAAAAUACCAUCAACAGAAUCAUCAAGUGAAAGUGAUUCGUCUGUUAAACGAGAUAAAUAA